UCCCGGGCGCGUCCCCUGUGACAAGGACGCGGAGGGAAGGAUGGUCGCAGGGCAGUGCUGGGCGAGGGCGGUGGCGCGUUCGUUGCCAGGCUCUUAUCCCGAGCAUUGCCCUCCCGUCAGGGGGCCCGAGCACGUAGCGCGGGGCGGCGCUGGCUCCGUGUCCCUGGAGCUCCGUGCUGUGCCGCGCAGGCCUGGCGCCGGGGAGCGCUGGCACAUUCCACCGUGGAAGGUUUUCUCUGGGAACACCUGAAACUGCCCGUGUGUGACUGGUCCUGACCCUCGCCGUGCUUGUUCAAGCCUCGCCGUCUUUCACACCGUGCUCCACAGCCCCUGGGACUUUCAGCAAUGCAACUCUUCCUGCAUUUCCCACCCCACCAACCUGCUUGUUUUGAAAUUGGUGGGGAUGGAGAACUAGGUCUGAGCACACCUACAGCCCCGCUCUUAGUCAGCCACUUGCUUGCAAAUGCUGUCCUUUGUUUACUGCAUGACGAUGGAGAGACGUGCCUGUAAAAUUGAGGGUGGUAAUGGAGCUCGUAGCAAAGAGUGCACAGCUUUCAGUCGCAUACAGAGAAUGAUGUGACUCAAAUUAACAUCCAUAUAAUUCUUUUUUAAAGUAUCUUUUAAACGUUUCCGAUUUUAACUUAAGUCACGGAACAGUUGUUCAAAGAUUAUUUAAGCGGAUAAUCAGAUGAAAAAGAGGUGGAGUUUUGGUUAAAAAAAAAAAGCUGACUUUAUUUCACCUUUUCUGCAACCCCUUUUUUUUUUGUGAAUCAUGUCACUCUUCUUUAUUAAUGUAUAGGAAAUCAAAACAUGGUUUUGUGGAAAAUCUCGGUGUUUUUUACAGUCUGGAAAUCACAAAUAGUCUGUUUGCCUGACUGCAGUGUUGGGGGAGUAGUCAUGUGACCGCCUUACUGACACCUGCUUUGUUUCUGAUCUGCUUUCCCAAGCGUGUGUGGUGUGGUUGGGGCUAACAUUUAACAAUGAGUGGUGCAGCACUGGGCCUCGAGAUUGUGUUUGUCUUUUUCCUGGCCUUAUUCCUACUUCAUCGGUAUGGAGACUUCAAGAAACAGCAUAGGCUGGUGAUCAUAGCAACAUUAUUGGCUUGGUAUCUCUGCUUCCUGAUUGUAUUCAUACUGCCUCUGGAUGUCAGCACGACUAUUUAUAAUCGAUGCAAACUUGCGGUUAACUCCAGUCCUGCAGAAAGCAAUGGCUCUUACAUUACUCUUGCUCCGAGCAAGCAAAAAUGUUUCAAACCCUGGAGUUAUAUUCCUGAUGGAAUUAUGCCAAUUUUCUGGCGUGUUGUAUAUUGGACAUCUCAGUUUUUAACCUGGAUUCUGCUACCUUUCAUGCAGUCAUAUGCUAGAUCAGGAGGGUUCUCCAUCACUGGAAAGAUUAAAACUGCUUUGAUUGAGAAUGCCAUCUAUUACGGCACUUACUUGCUGAUUUUUGGAGCAUUUCUAAUAUAUGUGGCUGUAAACCCAAACUUCAAUUUACAAUGGAACCAGCUUCAGACUAUUGGAAUAGCUGCUGCAAACACAUGGGGUCUGUUCCUUCUUGUGUUGCUUUUGGGUUAUGGUUUGGUGGAAAUCCCUCGUUCUCACUGGAAUGGGGCCAAGAGAGGAUAUCUACUCAUGAAGACUUACUUCAAAGCUGCCAAACUGAUGACUGAAAAAGCAGAUGCAGAGGAGAAUUUAGAGGAUAUUAUGGAGGAAGUCCGUAAAGUAAGUGAGAGUAUAAAAUAUAACCACCCCUUGAGGAAAUGUGUUGAUACAAUACUGAAAAAGUGCCCUACUGAGUACCAGGAAAGAAUGGGUAGGAACAUGGAUGAUUAUGAAGAUUUUGAUGAAAGACAGAACAGUUAUCCCAGUGAAAAAAGUUUGGCCAAACUUCACAAGCAGGUAAUCUAUUCAGUGCAGAGACAUCGUCGUACACAGGUCCAGUGGCAAAUUCUUUUAGAGCAAGCAUUUUACCUGGAAGAUGUGGCAAAAAAUGAAACCAGUGCAACUCGACAGUUUGUUCAUACCUUUCAUUCCCAGGAACCAGAAAAUAAAAUUAUUCAGUAUUUUUACACGCCAACAGUUGAGUGGUACUGGGAGUGCCUUCUCCGACCAUGGUUUUACAGAGUGCUUGCAGUUGUGCUGGCCACAUUCUCUGUAAUUGUUGUGUGGUCAGAGUGCACAUUCUUCAGCACAAAACCAGUUCUGUCGCUAUUUGCGGUUUUCAUACAGCUGGCAGAAAAGACAUAUAAUUAUAUAUACAUAGAGAUGGCCUGUUUUCUUACCAUCUUCUUCUUAAGUAUCUGUGUUUACUCUACUGUCUUCAGGAUCCGUGUAUUUAACUAUUAUUACUUAGCUUCGCAUCAUCAGACAGAUGCAUACAGUCUCCUUUUCAGUGGCAUGUUAUUUUGCCGUCUUACUCCACCAUUGUGCUUAAACUUUCUGGGCUUGACCCAUAUGGAUGCAACAAUCUCUCACAAAAAUACUCAGCCAACUGCUUAUACAUCUAUAAUGGGAUCCAUGAGAGUGCUGUCCUUCAUUGCAGAUGGAUUCUAUAUAUACUACCCAAUGCUUGUUGUCAUUCUCUGUAUUGCUACGUACUUCAGUUUAGGAACUCGUUGUUUGAAUCUUUUGGGAUUCCAGCAGUUCAUGGGUGAUAGUGAAAUGACCUCUGAUUUGAUUGAUGAAGGAAAAGAGCUAAUCAGAAGAGAGAAAAGAAAACGACAGAGGCAGGAAGAAGGUGAAAACAGAAGGAGGGAAUGGAAGGAGCGGUAUGGAAAUAGAGAUGAUUCCACUAGAAGCAGAGCUGUCCACACAGACCAGAAAGAAUCCAGCUUCUCAGAGACCAACACCAGUAGACCACUGUCAAAGUAUACCCGUUCAAAUGGUAGGACUGAAAGAGAUAGAAUAGAACUCCUCCAGGAUGCAGAACCUUUGGAUUUUAAUGCAGACUCUGUUAAUGAUGACCCCCUUGAAUCGGACUCAGGAAGGUACCAGCCUGGUGGAAGAUACUUGUCAAUGUCUCGAAGCAAAAUAUUUGAUGAUGUCUAAGCUCAUCAAAGCUAAAGAAAAUUCAGUGGAAAUCUGACUCCUACUCAUUGCUUGGAAAGUACCGUAUUUGCAAUAUAUCACUGAACCAUCAAAGACUCUUUUAAAAAAAAACGUGAAGGAACAACUCUUUUGGAAAUGCACGUGUAUGAUAACUUCACCACUUGUGAUAGGAAUAUGCUUCUGCUGUUGUAGAUACAUUUGUGCAUCAGUGUGGGCUUUUGUGUCAUGACCAAAAGGAGAAAACUAUUUAAAGUUAAUAGAUGGUAAACUCAUAAAUAAACCUAGGGCUCAACUUGAACUGUAACAGUCUAAGUUUGGGAAAGAGAUUUUCUGGAAUUUUUUAUUUUGUAUUUUAACCAAUGUGAGAGCAUAUUGAUGCAUCCAAAGUGCAGUUAUAUCAACUAUGCUUUUGCUGAGAAAGGCUGGACUGUAAAAUCAUAGUCACAGAAUAGUUUGGGUUGGAAGGAACCAUAAAGAUUGUCUAAUUUCAAGCCCCUCUGCCUUGGGUAGGGA